CACGCAUGCAGCAGUCUGACAACAGCAGCAGUAGGGAAUGGGGAGAGAGAGGGGGGCACCGCACCGUUUAACAAGAGACUUUUCAGCACAACGUGACCAAUAAAACAAUUCACCAUCGGGCAUUGAAAGAAUAUUAUCUCAGGCUGUGACUCAAGCCCCCUCCCCCAUCUGCAGCAUUACGCAGAGGAACUCGAGGGGGAAAAGAAUGAGCUGAUUUGAAGAGCACUGAUAAUGACGACCAGAAUAAAUGCGGCCUGGUUACACAGCAUAGCAGGGAACGUACAUGCUUGAGAUUUCGAAGGCCAUGAUGCAAUGAAAUAAACACUGGAUGACUGGAGGUCCCCUGCUUAUCAGACUCUAAGCAUGGCUGGACUACAGCUGGUGACCCCUGCCUCCUCACCCAUGGGGCCCUUCUUUGGUCUCCCAUGGCAGCAGGAAGCUAUCCAUGACAACAUAUAUACACCAAGGAAAUAUCAGGUUGAACUUCUUGAAGCAGCUCUUGAACACAAUACUAUAGUCUGCUUAAAUACUGGCUCAGGGAAGACCUUUAUCGCAGUACUCCUAAUCAAAGAACUCUCCCACCAAAUCCGUGGAGAGGAGGGGAAGAGGACAGUUUUCCUGGUGAAUGCAGCAUCAUCUGUGGUUCAGCAAGCAUCUACUGUAAGAACCCACUCCGAUCUCCAGGUAGGCGACUACAUGACAGAGGAGAUGACAUCAUGGCCCGAGGAGAUGUGGAACAGAGGGAUGAUGGAGAAUCAGGUUCUGGUGAUGACGUGCCACAUCUUCCUGCAUGUGUUGAAGAAUAGUGUCUUGCCACUAUCAAAAAUCAACCUGUUGGUUUUUGACGAAUGCCACCUUGCAAUCACGGACCAUCCUUAUCGGGAAAUAAUGAAGAUUUGUGAGGGUUGCCCUGGCUGUCCCCGCAUUCUGGGUCUGACUGCUUCCAUUUUAAAUGGCAAAUGUGACCCAUGUGACCUGGAGGAAAAGAUUCAGAACCUAGAGAAGAUACUGCAGAGCAAUGCAGAAACUGCCACUGAUCUUGUGGUGCUGGAUAGGUAUGCGUCCCAACCUCGGGAGGUGGUGCUGGACUGUGGACUGUACCCAGAUGAGAGUGGACUCUCUGAUAGGCUUCUGGGCGAGCUGGAUGAAGCCCUUCAUUUUCUUAAUGACUGCAACUUGUCUGCUCAUCGAGAAGACAGAGAUCCCACUUUCAUCUCCAAACAGGUGCUGAAUGACUGUCGGGCCGUAUUGACUGUGCUGGGCCCGUGGUGCGCCGAUAAAGCUGCUGGAAUCAUGGUUCGGGAGCUGCAGAAAUACAUCAAACACGAACAGGAGGAGCUGAACCGCAAAUUCCUGCUCUUCACAGACACCAUUCUUAGAAAAAUCCAUGCCUUGUGCGAGGUGCAUUUUUCUCCGGCCUCUCUGGACCUGAAGUUUGUCACUCCCAAGGUCAUCAGACUUCUGGAGAUUCUCCACGAGUACAAACCUUUCGAACGGCAGCAGUUUGAGAGCGUGGAGUGGUACAACAAUCGCAAUCAGGACAAUUAUGUUUCAUGGAGCGAUUCUGAGGACGAUGAUGAGGAUGAAGAGGCAGAGGCAAAGGAGAAACCUGAGGCUAAUUUUCCUUCACCUUUCACCAACAUCCUCUGUGGAAUUAUCUUUGUGGAAAGACGAUAUACAGCGGUUGUUCUAAACAGGCUCAUCAAGGAGGCGGGGAAGCAGGACCCAGAGCUGGCCUACAUCAGUAGCAAUUUCAUCACAGGUCACAGUAUUGGCAAGAACCAGCCACGCAACAAACAGAUGGAGGUGGAGUUCAGAAAACAAGAGGAGGUCCUGAGGAAGUUCAGAGCCCAUGAAACCAACUUGCUCAUCGCAACCAGCAUCGUGGAGGAAGGCGUUGAUAUUCCAAAGUGCAAUUUGGUCGUGCGGUUUGACUUGCCGACGGAGUACAGGUCAUACGUGCAAUCCAAAGGUCGCGCCCGUGCGCCAGUCUCCAAUUACAUCAUGCUAGCUGACAGCGAACAGACGAAAACCUUUAAGGAGGACCUUAAGACCUACAAGGCCAUAGAGAAGAUCCUCAGAAAUAAGUGCUCAAAGUCAGCAGAAUGCAGUGAUUUUGAAUUGGAGCCAGUGACCGAUGAUGACAACGUUCUCCCUCCUUACAUCCUGCGCUCGGAGGACGGCGGCCCCCGUGUCACAGUUAACACAGCCAUUGGACAUAUCAACAGAUAUUGUGCACGGCUGCCCAGUGAUCCGUUCACUCAUCUUGCUCCUAAGUGUAAAACUGUGGAUCUGAAGACUGGAGGUUACCAGUCCACUCUCUUCCUUCCCAUCAACUCUCCGCUCAGAGUUCCUGUCACCGGGCCAACAAUGAACUGUGCAAGACUUGCUGAGAAAGCAGUAGCUCUUCUCUGUUGUGAAAAACUGCACAAAAUUGGGGAGCUGGAUGAUCAUUUGAUGCCGGUGGGAAAGGAAACUGUGAAGUAUGAGGAGGAGCUGGACCUGCAUGAUGAGGAGGAGACAAAUGUGCCAGGAAGACCAGGCUCCACAAAACGGAGACAGUGUUACCCAAAAGCAAUACCAGAGUGUCUGCAGGGUUGUUACCCUGUGCCAGAGCAGCCUUGCUACCUGUAUGUGAUUGGGAUGGUCCUCACCACCCCUCUUCCUGAUGAGCUCAACUUCCGCCGGAGGAAGCUGUACCCGCCAGAGGACACUACCCGAUGUUUUGGCAUUCUGACAGCUAAACCAAUACCUCGGAUCCCUCACUUCCCUGUGUACACACGCUCUGGUGAGGUGACUAUCUCGAUUGAGCUGCAGAAGUUGGGCUUCACUCUGAGCACAGAGCAGCUGGAGCUGAUCACUCGCUUGCACCAGUACAUUUUCUCCCACAUACUCCGCCUGGAGAAGCCAGCACUAGAGUUUAAACCUACAGAGGCAGAUUUUGCUUACUGCAUUCUACCUCUCAACGUCGUUGAGGAUUCCAAUAUGUUGGACCUGGAUUUUAAGUUCAUGGAGGAUAUUGAAAAGUCUGAAGCACGCAUCGGCAUUCCAAACACUCAGUACACCAAGCAAAACCCAUUCAUUUUCAAAUUGGAGGACUACCAGGAUGCUGUCAUCAUUCCGAGGUAUCGUAAUUUUGACCAGCCACAUCGGUUCUACGUGGCUGACGUUUACACAGACCUCACCCCGCUCAGUAAAUUCCCCUCUCCAGAGUAUGAGACUUUCGCUGAGUACUACAAAACCAAGUACAACCUUGACCUGUCCAAUGUUAACCAGCCCCUACUGGAUGUGGAUCACACAUCUUCAAGAUUGAAUCUUUUAACUCCCCGUCACCUUAAUCAAAAAGGGAAAGCCCUUCCGCUCAGCAGUGCCGAGAAGAGAAAGGCCAAGUGGGAAAGCCUACAAAACAAACAGAUUUUAGUUCCGGAGCUCUGUGCCAUUCACCCCAUCCCCGCCUCUUUGUGGAGGAAAGCCGUCUGCCUUCCCAGCAUUCUCUACAGACUUCACUGCCUUCUGACGGCUGAAGAGCUGCGGUCUCAGACAGCCAUUGACGCUGGUGUAGGGGCUCAGACCCUGCCUCCUGAUUUCAGGUAUCCUAAUUUGGAUUUCGGGUGGAAGAAAUCCAUCGACAGCAAGUCUUUCAUUUCCUGCUCCAGUGCAUGUAUGGAAGAGGACGAUCACUGUAACCUUGACACAAGCUCAGAUUCAGACCACACUGCCCAUGAGGGCAGCAGCACGGAGGCCUCCCAGUCUCCAGAGGACACUCUCCCUUGUGUCAACUGCAACACACCAGAUGAAAAGCUAGAAACCCACAUGCUCCCUGUGACUGAUCACCAGACGCUGAACAAAGAUCCCAGCAACUGCGUCUGUUCCCAAAAUCUCCCUAACGGCACUCGAGCCGAUGGUGGCGACCUUCCACACCAACGUGACAUUUGCCAAUGCCCUCAGCUGGGCCCACUGGAGAGUGACCUAUCAAUGCAAACCACUACCUCAGUUCCUGUGCGACCCUCUCCAGCCGGCGAGCCACAGCCCCAGCCCGGUUAUGAAUGUAACCCAGGCAGGAAAUCGGAUCUCUGUGACGGACAUGUGAAAAAACCUACCUCAUACUGUUGCCCCAAACUGGAGACGGCAACCAGCACCACAGCACCUUCAGCCGUGUCUUCAGAGGUCUCUGACUUGACAUCUACAUCUGCCUGUGUAGGCCCAGCAUGGGAUUCUCCGAAAACCUUGGGCCCCAACCCUGGCCUCAUCCUGCAGGCCCUGACUCUCUCCAACGCCAGCGAUGGCUUUAAUCUGGAGAGGUUGGAAAUGUUGGGGGACUCUUUUCUGAAACACGCCAUCACCACCUACCUGUUCUGUACAUAUCCUGAUGCCCAUGAGGGCAGGCUGUCAUACAUGAGAAGCAAGAAGGUUAGCAACUGUAAUCUUUACCGUCUGGGCAAGAAAAAGGGCCUUCCUAGUCGAAUGGUGGUGUCCAUCUUCGAUCCCCCAGUAAACUGGCUGCCUCCGGGCUACAUUGUGAAUCAGGACAAAAGCAGCACAGACAAGUGGGACUCAGAUGAGAAUAAAGACUUGCACAAUGGAAAAGCCAGUGAUGAUGAGGAAGAUGAUAAUGAGGGAGAGGAUGUGGAGGUUGAGCCAUCUAAGGAUGAGGUGAAUGUUGACGAUGAGCUGGAAUACGACUCUGAUCACAUCAGGUUCAUUGAUAACAUGCUGAUUGGCUCCGGCGCCUUCGGGAAGAAGAUAUCCCUCCAGCUCUCCGAACCCGGAUACGAAUGGAAAGCGCCCAAAAAAACCCACAAUGGCCCCUUUCCCCCAGACAGUGGUGCUGAUGAGUUUGACUACAGUUCCUGGGAUGCCAUGUGCUACCUGGACCCCAGCAAAGCAGGUGAGGAGGACGACUUCGUGGUGGGAUUCUGGAACCCUUCCGAGGAAAAUUGUGGCACAGAUAUUGGAAAGCAGUCCAUCUCCUACGACCUCCACACCGAGCAGUGUAUCGCCGAUAAGAGCAUUGCCGACUGCGUGGAGGCCUUACUGGGAUGCUACCUCACCAGCUGUGGGGAGAGGGCAGCCCAAAUGUUCCUUUGCUCCCUCGGCCUGAAGGUGCUCCCGGUGGAGAAGCAGAGUUCCGUGGUGUCAACUGAGUUGCAGUACGGCUGGCUGAAGAUCCCUCCACGCUGCAUGUUCGACCACCCAGACGCUGAACGGACCCUGAACCACCUCAUCUCAGGCUUUGAGAACUUUGAGAAGAAGAUCAACUACACAUUUAAAAACAAGGCGUAUCUUCUGCAGGCCUUCACCCACGCCUCGUAUCAUUACAACACCAUCACAGAUUGUUAUCAGCGGUUGGAGUUCCUUGGUGAUGCAAUUUUAGACUACCUCAUAACAAAGCACCUUUAUGAAGAUCCGCGGCAGCACUCCCCGGGCGUGCUGACCGACCUGCGCUCCGCACUUGUCAACAACACCAUAUUUGCUUCCCUGGCUGUCAAGUACGAUUACCACAAGUACUUCAAAGCUGUCUCACCCGAACUGUUCCACGUGAUCGAUGAUUUUGUGCAAUUUCAGCUGGAGAAGAACGAAAUGCAAGGAAUGGAUUCCGAGCUUCGCCGAUCUGAGGAAGAUGAGGAGAAAGAGGAAGACAUUGAGGUCCCCAAAGCCAUGGGAGACAUCUUUGAAUCACUCGCCGGUGCAAUUUACAUGGAUAGCGGGAUGUCAAUUGAAACAGUUUGGCAAGUGUAUUAUCCAAUGAUGAGGCCACUCAUAGAGAAAUUCUCUGCUAAUGUUCCUCGUUCACCGGUGCGUGAACUCCUGGAAAUGGAGCCAGAGACGGCCAAGUUCAGCCCUGCGGAGAGAACCUACGAUGGAAAAGUACGGGUGACGGUGGAAGUGGUGGGGAAAGGCAAGUUCAAAGGUGUGGGCCGCAGCUACCGGAUAGCCAAGUCAGCGGCCGCCCGCCGAGCUCUGCGCAGUCUCAAAGCCAAUCAACCUCAGGUCCAAAACAACUGAGCUUCAGACAGCAGAAGCCCUCUCGACACCACGUGAAGAAUCCUCGCUGACCGCGUUCUCACUGGGGUUGUCAAAUUAGAUAAAUUAUGCGUCAAAAGAUUUCAGUAUAAUCCACAUAGGGUUCAUUUUUCAUUUUAUUCUUACGUGCGCAAACACAAUCUUUCUUUUUCUCCCCAGCUUUGUUUGAUCACAAGUGCUUUUUUUAUGUAUUGCAAGUGUUAAAAAGGUCAGGUCUUUUUCCCCCUUUUCCCUCUUUUUUUAUUAACAUUAAAAUGAUAUAUGCUUUGCUUUGUGGUAGUGAGUAAAGAAGCUAAAGCUUAUAGGUUGUAUUAGAAUGUACAUAUUUAAACUCCAGUGUAUCAGAUAAAUAAGAGAAAAAACAAAACUGAUUUAAAAAAAAAAAAACACAUCAUCAAUCUGUGCACUAGUGUCAGUUUUGCGGCGGUUUUUGAACACUUUGGCAGAAUGGGCACACAAAAUGAUGUUGGAGUGAGAUAAGUGGGUUUUUUUUUUUCUCUAUCUUGAGAUGAUAUUCUCAAUCAUAAUUGCACUUCUCUAGGGUCCGUUUUUAUUUUUAUCAAGAGUCGUGAACAUUUUGUCAACACCAAAAUCGUUUAGAUCUUUAUUCUACCGAAAGAGAAAGGCCCUCACAUUCUUAAAAUGGAUAGGAAUUUGACAUUCCCGAUUACUGUAAUCAAUGUAGCUGUAAACGGCACUCGAGGAUGCAUGUUUAUGUAGCUAUCUGUUAUCUAAGCCAACUGGAUGAGUUAGUUGUAUAGACAUCAUAAAGCUAUCAAUCUACAUUAUAUAGAAAAUACAAUAUUAAAUGUCUAUGACACAUUGAUACUUGGGUUUCAGUAAUGUCUUUUUGAUACCGAUAUUGAUAUUUAGUUGAUAGUCUUUAUGAAUAUUAGAUGUCUCCAUAGACUGACUGACUUCGUUUUGAUAUAAAGAUAUGAACGAAAAAAAGGAGGACAUAUCACCUGGGCAAAUAUGCUGCAGAUUUUAUAUUAAAAAAGGAAAGAGAAAAAUAGGAUUGGAUAAUAAGACACAAAGCACCUUUACGUACCGUCUUUAAGACAAACCGAUAUUUCGCUAGAUGACUUCACUUGCAUCAAUUACCAAAGUCGAUACUGAUGCAACGUUGUGAGGUUGCACCUAUUAAAGGGAUAGUUCAUAAAAAAAGGAAAUUUCUCAUUUUUGGGUGAACUAUGCCUUUAAGUCAAUCCCUCAACAUUCUCACAUUUUUCGAGAUGUGGUAACCAGCCUUUAUUUUAGUGUAAAUGUGUUGUAGCCUCUUGUCUAGCGUAAAUGUUUUCAUAUUAAUAGGCAUUCUUCACUUGAAUACCUCAGUUAAUUGCAUGCAUUUUUUUUUCUUCGGUGCUAUGUUUAAGCUUGAAUUUCUCAUCUUUUUGCACUGUAACUGUAUUACCUCUUAAUUUUACCUUUUGAAAUCUGUUGGGUUGGUUAUUCUGUUCUGUCAGCUGUCAAGCUGUAGAAAUUACUUUGAGAAUUGUUACCCCGUUUAUAUUUCUUUUUGAUUUUUAUGCUUGAAUGGGGAAACGCUGAGAAAAUUCUUCUCCGCACAUAAGCUUGAUGCUUCUCUAUCAUUGUGCAUCCGAUUAGAAGGGUUACUUAACGCUUGAGAAAAUCGAUAGAUUGCACUCUGAUACGUUCUGCGUUUCCAUCUUAAAAGCCAUGCAUCUCGUCUUUUCACUUUCCUCUUUCUGCAGUCUUACUAGGUUGCCAACUGUAAUGACUUUUCAGUCAAUUAUUUAGCAUGUCGACAAAAAAGUGGGCACUCUUAACCAUGUUUACUCUAGGAAUAAGGGCAUGAAAACUGUGUAAACUAUUUUUGAUUCUGAGUGGACACAUCUUGAAGGCUACCUAACUUUUCCCGCUUCUCGUUCUGUCUGCAUCUCUUUUACUUAAUUCAGUUAUGUUAUGGACAAACUAUUCCUGAAGUUACAUAAUCCCAGGCAUUGCUACCUCAGAAGACCCCUGCGAAUAGUUUGACCUUAUCAUAAACCAAUAUUUUGUGGAUAUACCUUUUUUACAGUUAUGAAUGGCAGUUAGGCACAUUAUUGUGUACGUUCAUCAGCACCUUACAGGGGGAUAAAUAUCUCUCUAUAUAUACAGUAUAUGUAUACACUCACGACUAUUUGCACUAGAAAACAUUCCCACUGGCAUUGAAUUUGCAUUUUUUAAUGGAGUAUGCUCUAAAAUAGUGCCUUUCAACCCUGAAACAAUAAUGUAACAUCUAGACAUGUGAUUCAGUGGAAUCGCAGCCUUUGCUACUAUAGCAGUUCUUUACUUUAUGGUUUCUAUAUAGUAAAGGACUUUUGGUGCCAUGCGUCAUACUGGAUAUUUUCUUCAGAUUCUUUGAACGUGGCAUACUAAUCUGACGUUUUUCUGUUUCUGAAACUCGGUAGACAAUUUUGUUUUCGAUUUAUUGGCUACAAAAUUGUGUUGUGGGCCAAUUUAGCCAAGAUUUUAUGUUAGUUUGAGGCUGUAAUCAAAGUAGGCCACUGCCCCAUCUCGACAGUGAGUGCAAUCUGGUUCCGUUUUAGCAAGAGUUGAGUGACCCUCUUUACAUGAUCUCGGUCGCAACCCCAGAGUUAAUCUUGCGAUGUGAAUAUAGCAAGUCAUUGGAAGUUAAUGGUUUUCCACACUCAACCCUCAAACUAUUGCAACGUGUUUUUUUUUUUUUUUUUUUUUUUUUUAAGCUUGUUACAAUGUUUUUCCAAGCCUUUGAAUGGCACACAUGUUUUUUUGUUUUUUGUUUUUUGUUUCACAUUUCUUUCCUUAUUGUAAUCUUUUUCACUUGGAUUAGUUUUUCUGUCAACUUUCAAAGAAUGUGAAAUCACACAUAUGGUUGCACCACAUAGAUACAGAUUCAUUCUUUUUAACAAAGCAAAAUAGACUUUUCACAACAAUUAAUGAAUUAUUUAUACCAUUGCUAGUCCCACAGAACAGAUAUCAAGCUAAGUGAUAUCUUAGUAAAAAGAAAAGGCUGAAAUAAAUGGUUUUUUUUUUUCUUUUUUUUUUUUCUUCAUUAUCUGUGAGAGUGUUAACAUAAAGUGGUCCUCCAUCGUAUCAUAUGCUGCAGAUUGUUUUCCUUCAUGGUGGAGAAUAAUGUUUGUGUUUUUGUUUAUUCUUUUUUUUUUUUAUUUUUUUUUUUUUAUUUUUUUUUUAAUAUAUAUAUACAUGUAGCACAAAUAAGCAUUGCACUUGGGCGCCAUACUUUACCUCAUGUCAGAACGAAAGAAAAAAAAUAAACAAAACAUGUAAAUAUGAUGUCGUAAUGUUUAAAGGAAUAACUUGUGGUUUUGGCCUGGCUGCUGUUUGCAUCGCUGGUAUUUUACCAGUGUAUUUAAAAGAUCAGAUAUAUACAGUACAAUGUGCCUGCAGGAUAUCAACAGAGAAAAUACACUGUAGAAAAGUUUUGAUUCUCUACAAUCUGGGGCUACAUAUGUGUCCUAUGUGUACAUUCAUGUCCUGCCUUAAUGUAAUUCUUUAAAUGUGGAAUUGUAAUUUAAUCCAUCUAGUCCUUUGACUGACAUGAUUUUCAAAUGUUUGGGGACCACACUGUCUCUCAAUCCAUCACCCCCUUCCUGCCCAUAAUAGUUCGAUUAACAGUCCAGAUGUGAUAGUGCAUGUCGGUGACGACCCCUUCUUCCCAACCGUGUUUUCUUUUUUUAGACUAAAACAUUGUACAGAUCUGAUUAAAUCAGCCCUAGAUUUAUUUAAAAGGGCUUUAUUUCAAAGCAAAGUGUAAUCCUUUUUUUUUUUUUUUUCUUUAAGAAAAAGAAAUUGCUGAUAAAAGUCAAACACACUCACAGUAGCAAGGUGUUCAAAGCGAACAUAGCAGCAUGUGUGGCAAGCUCCUAUUGAAGCUCCUAUUAACCGAAUGGGGAAGACAGUUGUUAAGAUUUUAAAUGGGGAAUUAUGGGCUACAAACUGCAGCCUGAUCUGUAUUUUUAAGGGACGUGCAUUUAAAUGAUUUUCUCAUACUGUAUCCGUGCUGCAGUGGUUUGCAUUCUGCACCUUAUGGAUCACAAAAACUUUUAAAAUUCUGUUCUCCCCCCUCUUUUUUUUUUAAGUAAUUGUAGCUGAGUAUAUCUACAAUAAAUUUAUGGUAUGGUUGUUCA